GCCCCCUCCGCUUGCGUAUCCACCGUUAACGGAACAGUAUUGUUUAAUGUUUACGAUCGUUCAGCUUGACUGCGCUAUCAGAUCUGGACACUUCAUCUGAACGUCUCACCGCAUAUACAGCGAAAGGCGUGGACGGACGUACUGUGAAAUAACCGAAGUAUGUCUCGAGAGCAGAAAGCAGUGGAGCGUGCCAGAAAGGCCUUCCUCACCGGCCGGAGCAAAUCACCGGAGUACCGCAUUUCCCAGCUAAAAAACCUGCUGCGGUUUGUCAGCGAACGAAAGAAUGACAUCGCAGAGGGUCUCAAAAAGGAUCUCGGAAGGAGUGAGGGCGGAACUCCUUUGUAUGAGACUCUGGGUCUGGAAAGCGAGAUUAACCUGGCUGUAAAAUAUCUGAAAGAAUGGGCGGCUCCUCGACCUGUGAGCAAGAGCAUGAUGACCAUCUCCGACCAGGUCUACAUCCAGCCUGAGCCUCUGGGAGUAGUGCUGGUCAUCGGGGCCUGGAACUACCCCUGGGCAGUCACCAUCGGGCCCCUCAUAGGAGCUAUAGCAGCAGGCAAUGCAGCUGUAAUCAAGCCAUCUGAAGUCAGUUCUCACACUUCCAAAGUAAUGGAGGAUCUCCUACCGCUUUACCUGGACAAAGAGCUGUAUCCAGUCGUCACCGGUGGAGUGUUAGAGACCCAGGAGUUGCUCAAGCAGCGGUUUGAUCACAUCUUCUACACUGGAAACGGUACAGUGGGGAAAAUCAUCAUGGAGGCUGCUUCUAAACACUUGACCCCUACCACUCUGGAGCUGGGCGGAAAGAGCCCUUGCUACAUCGACAACAACUGUGACCUCGCUAUUGCCUGUCGGCGUAUUGCUUGGGGGAAGUACUCAAACUGUGGUCAGACCUGCAUUGCUCCGGACUAUAUACUGUGUGACCCCGGUAUGCAAGACAGAGUGAUUGAAGAGAUCAAGAAGAAUAUUAAAGAUUUCUAUACCGAAGACCCCCAAAAAUGUCCGGAUUAUGGACGCAUUAUCAAUCAGCGCCACUUCAAGAGACUGAUGGCGUUGUUGGAAGACAGCACCAUCGCCGUGGGCGGUGAAAAUGACGAGUCGGAGUGCUACAUCGGUCCAACAGUGUUAAGGGACGUGAAGCCGGAUGCCAAGGUGAUGCAGGAGGAGAUAUUUGGGCCUCUGUUGCCCGUCCUGACAGUUAGCAGUGCAGAUGAAGCCAUCAAAUUCAUCAACCAGAGAGAGAAACCCCUUGCCUUGUACAUCUUCACUUCAGACAACAAGCUGAUCAAGCGAAUGAUUGCGGAGACCUCUAGUGGUGGAGUGGUGGCCAAUGACUGUUUGAUGCACUUCUCAGUAAGCUCUUUGCCUUUUGGCGGAGUUGGUAACAGUGGGAUGGGCCACUAUCACGGCAAGUACGGCUUUGAUAACUUGAGCCAUUUGCGUGGCUGUCUAAUCAAACAGUUGAAGAUGGAGGGGGUGAAUAAGAUGCGUUACCCACCACAUACAGCAGAUAGGCUUGGCUGGGCGCGCUUCUUCAUCCUCAAACAUGUCGACUUCGGCAGCCUGGGCCGCAUGGCGCUGCUGGCUCUGAUGGCUGUCUUUGCGGCAGUGAUUUUACAGAGAUACUUUACUGACUAAGAAUGUGAAUAAUAUGAAGAAAUCUUACCUCCACCCUGAGCACACAAGACCUUGGACAGAAGGUCGGCUAACUCCUAAUGAAGUGCUGCUGCCCAUAUUUGCCUUAGGUUUUAUUAUCAUGGUCGUGAUUAAUUUUAGUCAUCAUGACAGUGCUGCAUUUUUGUCAUUUAAACCAACAUAAAAUUGUAAUAGUUUAAUAGCACUUUUUAAUCAAUAGCUAUUUUAGAGUGUGCUCUUUUAUUCAAAGACCCUCGUCCAACGUGUCUGAAAUGGAAAUGAAGGUCUUUCCUAAUCGAACGAUUUUGUUUUCCUAUGCAAUAUUAAAAAAACGAAUAACUUUGCUAUUUUGAACAAAAAGUCCAGCAUUUUAAAGAAAUGCACAUUUCAAGCCAAAUGUGAGUUUUGUGAACCGUUAACAAGAUUAUGCUGCAGUUUUAUGGUUCGGUCAGAUUUGUUUUUCGUGUGAAGAAAGUGGUACUGUUGGAGAUACAGAAGAUGAAGUUAUUUUAUAUUUAAAUGAAUAGUUUACUCAGAAAUGAAAAUUCUGUGAUUGUUUGCUUGCGCUCAUCAUUUCUCAAGCCAGUUUGCAUUUCCAAGAUGAAGAAAUUUUGAAGGAUAGUUUUGCUGCUCUUUUUUCCUACAGUGCGAGUGAAUGGUUGUCUGCCAUAGAACUACGACGAACUAUUCAUUGAAUAAAGCAGACCAAAUACGUUAUAUGUAAUGUGUUUCUGCAGAUGUUCCUACAAUAAAAAUGACAUUUCAGUGUAUAUAUUCUCUGUAUCCGAAGGGUCUAUACAUCUGUUUCCACAUUUCCAUUAGUCCUAACAUACUGUACGUGUCUUAAAAUAAUGCAGAAAUACUUUUAUGACAUACAGACAUGAUUUUUAACGCAAAAAUAAACUUAUUUUUCACAGCU